UUCGGUAACUGAACACGAAGCUAGCCGCAAGUACGCGCAACACGUUCCAAAAAGGAGAGAAGACUGUAAAAGAUUUUUUUAGUUAUAGUUUUGGUCCGUGCAAUCAAUUUGAUUCGAUUUUAUUGCGACCGACGUAUCCAGCCACUCAGUUAUUUAAAAUAGAUACGGAGAAUAGGCCGCAAGUAUUCAAGCGUCCUGUAUACUGAAGACAUUAUUGCAAAAAAUGCGGUUCUACAGUACAGUUUGGUUCGUGUUAUUAGUGCUCUCGUUUUUGGUUGUCCUGGAAAGUGUUUCUUCAUAUCCGGCGGUGACCGGGGACGAUGCGGAAGAAACCAUCGUCUCCAGUCGACCGGCCGUCCGGAAACAUUCAAAAUCCAAGAAAGAGAUCAACAGCCAGGGUAAAAAUAAGAAAAAUGGACAUCACCCUAUUCGUCAUUCAUCAAGAGGAUUGAAACAAAUGACGGAUUACGACUACGCUGCAGUAGCCGAACCAACAGUUUCUUCCGUUUCGCGAAAGCCAAUCAGGAAGGACGAUCGAUCACCUUGGUCACCGAAACAUAGUCGCAACAAAAAAUCUCCGAACAGGAAGAACAAGACGAACCAAAGGAAAAGAAACGGGACUAAGCAGCAAAAGCAACUCAACAAGCGACAGGUCAACGUGAUGAGGACGGCGCAACGUGCCGACGCGAUUGACAAUAGCGAAGACAACAAAGAAGGAACGGACGCUGCUGGACAACAAAAUCUCAAUCAGCUCUUGGGCUUGGGUAAGCCCCGCCCUCUUCCUCCUCCCGCUCCUCAACUCAAGCCUUUCGUUAGCGUAGGUGUCUUUGGCGAUAUGAAAAAAUUCUUCGAUGAACUUCGGAGCAAUUUAGAUGUGGAGACGGUGGCCGAGGAAGCCGCAGCUGCCGUGUCUGAACAACAGGACUCAACUGCCCCUAGACUUUCUGAUGACGACCUCUCGCAAAUUGCAGGAUUGGAAGACUACGAAGAACUCCCCAACUAUCAGGCCCUUCGAACGGCAACAGGAUCGGAAAGAGGCAAUGCAUCACCUGUCCAACAACAGCAAAGGCGUUAUUCCCGUCUAAAGGGUUUCGUCGCCAUGGGAGGACCAGGCUCUGGACAGUCAGAAACAUCACGUCAUCAUCACAGGAAUCAUCAGUAUGAUCCUGCUCUGCUAUGGACGGGAUUAGGUCGUCGCCGUUGAUGAGGGAAUUUAAAAACACACACACACAUACACACACACACAUCCUCAAAACCCCUUUACAGACAAGUACACACUGCUGAAAAGAGCCAAUCUAUUUGGCCUGUUCCGCUUUCCCUUAAACUCGAUUUUUCAUUUUUAAAUUCUCAUUACAUAUAUAUAUAUAUUUAUAAAUAUAUAUAUAUAGUAUAAGUAAGUCUCGGGGUAUAUACUAGAUAUGAAAAUGAGGGACGGAUGGAACGGCAAGUCAAUCAAGUAAUUAAUGGUGUAAUGCCCACGUCUAGCCACCAAUGGUAGAAAGCUACGGUAGAGCGCGCCAGUCAAAAGCUUUUCUGUAUACAACUGCAUGUAUGGUCUCCAUCUUUCGUUUACAUUUCCAACUUAUCUUAUAUUAGCUUUCAAUUCCAAUUUCACUGCGUGAAAAAGUACCCUCCGAUGUUUCAAAGUGAUCUUGGGUAGGCGAUAUUACGUAACGUAUCAUGUCAAUGAUUAGACUAAUUCAUUUUACAUUUGCACAUUUCGAUUGUUGUUGAACUUCACCUAUUUGUCUGUAUCUGUGUGUGUCCCGUUCUCAUUCGAUGUUGUUCACUCAACUCAAGUCAAGGCGAUACGAGCUCUACUUAAAAGGAAAAUAGGCAGGAUCAAAUGAUUUUAUUCCGUUCGUGAUCUGAUAUACUCUUGAUUUGAGUUUUUUUAACGAAACUUUUUUGUGUUUUUUGUUUCCUCAAUGUCGAUCGAUUCUGUACUGUUUUCAAACGCAGCAUUUGAUCUCACCAUAGACGUAAAGCAAAAAGAAAAAAAAAAGAUGCCCAGUGUCCAUCCCUUUGUAACACUGUACGAUGACAAAAAGAGUCAAAUUUAUCUAACUAUUCCGGAAAUAUAUCGAGAGCAUUCAAACGU